AUGGCGAGCUCAGGUACUCAAGCCUCUCCUUCGUUGUCAGUAACGCCUGACCAGCGGGUCGGCUGGCCUUCGCUUAGCAGCCACUCCAAGCCUUCAGCGGCUGCUCAUCUCCAAUCAGUGGAUCUGGCAGCUUCGCCAGCCAUUCGUCUCAGCCUGUACCCAGCGGCUUCCUCGCCCACCGUUCUAGCUGCUGCAGCAGCUUCUGCACCGGCCACUCCAGCUGGUUCCUCGCCUACUGGUUCAGCAGCCUCAUCCAGCCGCUCCUCUCUGCCCAAGACGACAACGGGUCCAGCCAUGCUCCACCAACAACUCGGCAGUUCGGUAGUCCCAGCAGCGGCAGCGGGAGAGUCCUUAGCAGCAGCAGCAACGGACGACUUCUGCUCGACGUCUCCCGCAAGUCAAGCCGCUUCUCCCUCAGCAGCUGCAGCGUGUGACUCCAGCCAGCUGUUCAGCAGCAGCUCGACAUUUGCAGCAGCUAUUGGACCUCCUAUGCAAUCAACAAACAAACUUUCCAAACACCUUGUGUCCAAUUGUGCAGGUAUGCUAGAAAUCCAUGUUUUUGCCAUUGCAUUUGUUGAUGAAGUAAAUGGCAGUGUUGACUCUAGAGAUCAUGUCUUUUUCAAAUUUCAGCCUUUGCAUGUCGCCAUCCAAGAGAAACAUCAUGACAUGAAUUUACAGGUUGUUUGCCCAGAGUUUGUGAAAGUGAAGUCUACUUGCCAAUCAGAAUGA